AUGAAGCCCGUGCUCACGAGGAAGGGACUCACAAUGCGGCCGGCGGAGGAGGGAGAUACGGUGAUGGGUACCUACCGUAAGGCACUUGGCGACCUCAUGGAUGCGCUACCAGGCAGCAUGGUGGCUGCCAAGAUCACCACAUCUGAGGUCGUGGCCCACACCGCGGUGGCGAUUCCGCGCAACAAAGGCGGAGCACUGGUCCCCAAGGGGGCGUUCAUCAAGGCAAGCCCCAAGGAGAAGUGGUUCACUGACUUUGCAGUGAAGUCAGGCAAGAAGGAGGAGUGGGAGUUGCAUGCAAAGAACGAGAAGGCGGUGGUGCUGGUGCACAACCCUUCGCACACCCUCACCGGGUGUGUGAAACGGACAAGCACGGUGGAGGGGUUUGUCAUGGAGGAGUUGACACGGGUGAAGGUUGUGCAGACAUUUGGCGUGAUGCCGGCUGCUGCGUUUUCUCCAAUAAAUGGUGUUGUGGACACAUUGAAGGCAGUUUUCCGGACGUGGUUUCUGCGAACGGCAAUCACGAGCACGGAGUGGACCCGUGCGGGCAUUUUUCCACGGCCGCCGCUGCACGAUGUCCUGUACAAGCUGUUCAUGGCGUGCAAGUUGACGAUGCCGGGCACAAUCCAGAGGAGUUGGUGGCGGGCCGGUAGCGUGCCGAAGGGCUGGCUGUCGCGAAUAGACAUCUUGAAAGGGAAAGCUGCGGCAGGGAUGUUUGACGGUCUGGUGCUGCAGUUGACGAGUCUGCAGCUGGUGAUUGAAGAGUUCAAAGGCAAGUGCAGCAGCACGACGUUUAUGACGGCGUGGGAUUUCGUGGGGUGUGACGAAGGCCUUAUUGAGAAGUGGGCGCCAGCGAGGGGUUUGGAGGACAAGUCCGAGGAUGAGAUUCCGGCAUAUUUUUGCAUUCCGGAGGGGCCGCUAAUGCGAGACAGCCGUAGCUGUCGCCGCGUGAGCUGCAUGGUCUAUGAUGGUUUCGUGAAGCAGGCGGAGGCAUUGGAUAUUCCACCGCGCGACGUGCCAGAGGAGGCCAGAGUGGUGAAUGAGGAGGUGGUGAGCCGCCUCCGACGCACGCCCACUAAGCACAACCGGACGGGCCGCUCUAGUGAUGAGGGGAUCACGUCUGACGUGUCAGAUGAGGCAGGCCAAUCCCGGAAGGCGGGGGUGCUGUUCCCAGUGGAGGAUGACAAAGAGCGCGUCGUACGCUUGGUCUAG